AUGGCACCUUACAAGUUGCAUCAACCUGUGCUGAGGAUACCCCCCUCAAGUGUGACUUUGGCCACAGAAAGCGGGCCAGACAGAACCCGGCAACAUUUCCUAGGACAAGCACUCAGCCUGUCAUAUCCAUACAAUCCCGACCUCCGCUCCGGGCUCCUGGAACUCCGAACUCCGACUUCUGGAGCCCUACUUCCCUUCCAUCACUUUCUCCUUGCCGACUCCCAAGAGUUUAUCCCACCUCCGGCUCAGACACCACCUUCGGUCCGACUCCGGAACAUUCCGGGUCCGACCCCAACCUCGACACCUUCCAGACGAGUACGCAAAACCUAUGCUCCCGACUCCGGACCUCCGCUCCGGCAUCCCGUUCACAUCUCAUCUCCGGAACCUCCGGUCUUAGCUCCGACCUCGGACUUUGACCCCACCUCCGCUUAUACCCAUUGUAUUGGUUAG